ACUUGGAGGGUGAAGACGGUGUGUCACUAUCAUUUGUUAUGCCUGCUGGUUUCGGCUGGACUUGUGGCUUUGGCUUAGUAGGAGCCGUUGCAGAGGCCUGUGGUUUAGUUGGGGGUGGAGGGGGUCCGGUAAACUUUGGCUUGUUUUGGGGAGCAGGAGGUCCACUGGACUGCGGUUUGGCUGGUGGAGCAGGGGGUCCACCGGACUGCGGUUUGGUUGGUGGAGCAGGGGGUCCACUGGACUGCGGUUUGGUUGGUGGAGCAGGGGGUCCACUGAACUGCGGUUUGGUUGGUGGAGCAGGUGGUCCGCUGGACUGUGGGUUGGCGGGUUGUGGCUUAGCUGGAGGAGCAGGGCGCAGCUUCACAGCUGCAGGGGAGACCUGCGGCAGCUGUGGUAUAGUCUUCUCCUCCUGCUCUCCUGGCUUCUCGUGAGAGGGACUGAAAGAAG